AUGAAGUUUUCUGGAUUUCUGAGCAUCCUCGUGGUGCUUGGCCUGUUUGCAAACAUCCAGGGACUUGGCCUGACUGACUUGCUCUUUCCCAGGAGAUGCCCCCGAUUCCGAGAGCACUGCGAACUCAAAGAAAGGGACCUCUGCUCCAGGGACAGGGAUUGCCAGAGGAAAGAGAAGUGCUGUCUCUUCAACUGUGGAAAGAAAUGUUUAGACCCUCAACAAGAUAUAUGCAGCCUGCCGAAGGACUCUGGCUACUGUUUGGCUUAUUUCCCUCGCUGGUUUUAUAAUAAAGAAAACAGCACGUGCCAGCUCUUCAUCUAUGGUGGCUGCCAGGGGAACAACAACAACUUCCAAUCCCAAAGCCUAUGCCAGAACGUCUGCCAAAAAACAAAAACAUGCCCCAGAGUCAGAAUCAAGUGCGAAAUUGAAGAAAGAAAUGAAUGCACAAGGCACAGACACUGUCCCAACAAGAAGAGAUGCUGCAUGUUCAGCUGUGGCAAGAAAUGCUUAGACCUCAAACAAGGUACCUCUCUGACCUCUGAGCUGCCCCCAUCCUCCUGCUUUCUCUUCUCCCCACCCCUUCAUGAGGGCUGGUGUUCACCGAGACCCCCAUGGCACCGUCUACCUGAUGCAGAUCUUGCAGGUACUAGCCACGGAGACCUGUCCUGA